CAAGGCUGGUGUUUUUUCCUUUUGUGUUCCCUUGUGGGGUUGUUUGCGCCGCAAUGGCCGCUGGCGUGAGCGAGGAAGAGGAUGAGGACAUGGCGCGAGCCAUCGCGAUGUCCAUGGGCCAGUCCAUCGGCGCGAGCCCCCCGGCAGCAGCGCCGCCGGGCGGGGGCGAGGAGCGGAUCGUGCGCCGCGUCAUACCGGCAGGGUUUCCGAUCUCCGCAGACAACUCUUGCCUCUUCAACGCCGUCGCCUACGCGCUGGAGGGCGGUGCCACGGACCGCGCGCAGCAGCUGCGCGAGACGGUGGCAGCGCUGGUCUUGUCGGACCCCGUCCGAUGGACCGAGGCGGAGCUGGACGGCCGGCCGCCCGACGACUACGCCGAUUGGAUCCAGGA